AUGGAUACUAAAAUUCCCGAUUUUAGACAAUAUUCCACGAACGUUGCUCAAGAGCAAGCAAUGGAGAAAUACUCAAUGCUACCACUUGACACAUUCGUUGAAUACGAAACCUUUAAAUCUAUAUGGCUCGCUAUAUUUAUGGGGGCCAAUGUUACCCUUAGCGAUAUCAUGAAGGCAGCGUACCUGGUCAUCUAUCAACAUUUCGAACCUACGAGAUCACCACCCCUUUCAAUUGAUGGUAACUGGGCAGUGUCUCUCUGUCAGAAUUAUAGGAUUUCGGUCAACUGGACUGGUUAUUCCGAGGUCUAUGACCUUGCCUCACAGCAGCAACUCACUCGUGAGGAUCAUAUGGCCCUACGUGACUUCAUCAAACGCUUCCUCGAUCGAAAGGAUACCCCAGAAAUACCGUCUCAAGAAGCCCAAAAUUUUGAUCAACUUCUCCCCACUGCCAGACUACCAUCGGGAACGAAGGGAUUCCCCAUCCAGGAAAUGAAAUAUCCUCUUCCUGUUCGUUUUACAUCUAUUUUCACGGGCUCGGACCCAUAUACCGCGGAAAGUCUCCAGUACUUUUUAAAAAUAGCUGCUGAGAAUUCUUUUAUCAGGAGUCUGAACUUACCAGCUUUUGAGGUGUUUGAGUGCGCCGAAGACGACGUCGUAGCUCAACAUGAUGUCGUAGCUCAACAUGAUGUUGUAGCUCAGAGUCUGAACUUACCAGCUUUUGAGGUGUUUGAGUGCGCCGAAGACGACGUCGUAGCUCAACAUGAUGUCGUAGCUCAACAUGUCGCAGCUCAACAUGAUCCCACACCUCUAGAAAUGUGUUGGUUGGUUCCUGCAGACGGAGUUUGGUUAUUCAGUUCCACGAAUAUCCAAUAA